CCAAUCCUCCUGAGGGGGGAGAACAACCCUGCUUACUGGAAUGCCUGUUAGGGAGGGGUAGAGAGACCUCCACUGAUUGCCUCCCAAGUUAGUGUUCACCUCAGAGGAUUCUCUUACCCCCAGGAGCUCACCCCAGGAACUGACCAUCAGUUGUCCACAAUCUAACCUUACCACUGCUGUAGAGAAUGGUAGUGAGUACCUGCUUGACCCAGACAGCCCACUCCAGGAAAGGAUUACCCCACAGUUAUUGACGACUGCAGGUUUAACCCUGGAUGGGCAGUUCACUGCCAGGUAACAUAAGCCUGUAAACUCAAGCUCUCUGCACCUCACAACCAUGGGGAAUAAGUUACAGAAGCUGCUACGACGUGACCGUGAGACGGACGGGGAGGUCACAGACAGCAGCGCGGCAAAGACAAAAACAGACAGCAAGUCCACCGGGGGAGAGGUUGUUAGCAAUAAUGUGGAGGUGAUGAAAAUAGAGGAUUUAGAAGCGAGUGGUGAAAAGGUACCAGAGGAAGCUGACCCCACUAACACCACCUCAUCGGCCUCCACCCCCGCCCCCGCCCCGGACAGCGUGGCUGAGUCAGCCAAUGGGGGUACAGGGGUAGAUGGGGAACAGUCAACACUAGACGAUCAGGAACAGGCUAACAAGAAGCCAAAGACGUCCACGCCCCCCAGUGAUGACCGUGAGGAUGAGGUCUCGCCGACACCGCCACAGCCAGCCCGUGGGAAGAGGACGAGGAGAGGGGCAGUGAGCGCUGAGGUGUACAAUGAGGAAGAUGCUGCUGAUUACGUCAAGAAGGUUGUUCCGAAGGAUUACAAGACCAUGGCAGCCUUGUCCAAAGCCAUCGGUAAAAACGUCCUCUUCAGUCAUUUGGAUGACAAUGAGCGCAGUGACAUUUUUGAUGCGAUGUUCCCUGUUCAUCGACAUGCGGGUGAGGUGAUAAUUCAGCAGGGUGAUGAGGGUGACAACUUCUACGUGAUUGAUGUUGGGGAGGUUGAUAUCUAUGUGAAUGGUGAACUGGUGACUACACUCGGUGAGGGGGCAAGUUUUGGAGAGCUGGCUCUCAUCUAUGGAACCCCAAGAGCUGCCACAGUGAAGGCAAAAAGUGACGUGAAGCUUUGGGGAAUUGACAGGGACAGCUACAGACGAAUCUUGAUGGGAAGCACAAUACGGAAGAGGAAGAUGUAUGAGGAGUUCCUCAGUAAAGUCUCCAUACUGGAGAACCUAGACAAGUGGGAGAGGCUUACUGUGGCUGAUGCUUUAGAGGCUGUCCAGUUUGAGGAUGGAACAGAGAUCGUCAAACAGGGUGCCAAGGGAGAUGACUUCUUUGUGAUUCUGGAGGGUCAGGCUGAGGUGCUACAGCGGCGUUCUGACAAUGAAGAACCUGUUCAGGUCGGCAAACUUGGACCCUCAGACUACUUUGGUGAGAUUGCAUUGCUGCUGGACCGGCCUCGAGCGGCGACUGUGGUCUCUCGCGGCCCCCUGAAGUGUGUGAAGCUGGACCGGGCACGAUUUGAGCGUGUUCUGGGGCCGUGCUCAGACAUUCUGAAGCGGAACAUCUCCCAGUACAACAGCUUUGUGUCGCUGUCUGUGUGAGCUGCGGAUGCGUACCUCUCCCCCACAUGAUACUCUACGUGACACUGCUGUCGACUCUCCUGUACCCAGCCCCCAGACUCUUGGGGCUUGAGGGGAGUGGCAUGGCCGUCACAGGCAGAUCAAGACAUUUUAUCACUUUUCUCUAUGUAUUUCUGAAGUAACAUACCACAUGGGCCGUAACUCCUGUAACGUGACUAAAACCAUAUCAUGACUAGAGAGCAUUGCUCGACUUAGUUUGACUACCCUGCAACACCGAGGACCCGCAGCCCUGCUGUAGUCAGCUGUUUUUAGGCUUGCAUGUGUAGUCCUGUGUUUUAGUUUUAGUGUUUGGUUGGGCAGGGAAGUAGUGUGAAUAGUACCAGCAUUUUGCCUAUGUUUUAAGCUGGAGCUAGGAACCUGCCAGGCUUUUCGAGAGAAGUUAGCGUGAGCAGAGAGUGCUCAUGUGUAGUACAGCUAGUCAGCAAGCCAGCAAUCAGUUCUGUAGUUUGUGCAUGAGGUGGUGUCAAGAGGUAUGUCAGUGUGUGAACGUGUUCAUGUGAUACUCAGUUGCUCAAAUAUUACGUGGGAAUAAAUGAGAUUUACCCCCCCCCCCCCUCCCUGCAGUCAUCUCCUGAUUCCUCCCUGUGUUUCUCCCCAUCCCUCGUUGUCUUACCUUGUACUAGCAGAGCCACGGGGUUUUUUCUGGGUGAUUAAUGUUGUAAAUGUUGCCUUUAGAUAGAUUAGUGUGGAGGGUUUGGAUUACUUUGUAUACAGUCUUUGCCAUAAUACUGUACUUUGGUUUUGAGAUGGUCACUCAGCAACUGGUGUCACUGGGAUAUGGGAAUGACUCUCCCAUGCCUGACAAACCUCUAACUGCUGUAAAACGUAUUUGCAAAUAAUAUAUGGAAAUGGUAAUGGGCAUUACCUUGUAACCUGAUCAGUCAGGUAUAAGACGACUACAGCAAUGUUUUCAGCACAUGCAGUCUAUAGACCACAACAACGGCUAGUGACUGGAGGGAACCUUGUAUAUCAGACUUGAUGCUUUGUUCCAUAGGUUACCUCAGGUUGAAGAAAAGCCCUGAUCCAGCUACUGUCAAUUCAGGUCAGAGUGUGUUUAUCAAAACUGGGCUCUGUUGUUAAAAGAUGUACUGCUUUGUUUUGUAUAAGGUACUUCUGUAAUAAACAAAAACCAAAGCGAGAUUGUUAGAGAGUAAUUUUCAACAAAACCUAUGUUACUGACAUCAGCAUAUAAAUAAAUGUACAGUUGGACGAAAAUGAGUAUAAGUACAUAAUUGUAAUGAAAAGUCUGUCAGGUUUAGUAGAGGUAAUUUAUUCCUGUAGCUGAUGUGUGUACAGAUACACGAUGAGAGAGGAGGAACAUGGUGAAACUAGGACGAUGACCAGGUUUGUAGCGGUCAGUAGGCCUUGUAGCAAGGGUCUGUGGUCAGGUACCCGUGAGGAUGAGGUGAUCUGCAGAGCAAUCAUGAAAGCCUCUAACAAUUAUGUGCAUUAUUAAAUUAUAACCUGUUUUUAAUUGUACAAAUUCUCCUUUGUCCUCUGUGACAGUGUAUAGAGUUAUAUCCCCUUCAUGGUUAUAACCUGGUCGUGCCAGUCUAUCCCAGAUUAUUCACUGUGGUACUGGACUUAUGGUAACCUUAACUGUUUGGAGUAAACUGUCUGAUUCC